AUGACCACAACCAUGAUGUACACAACAGGUGCCUCGGUGGAAGAGUCUACCCACAGCUUUGCUCCCACAAUGAGUGGCUCCGGGAGGCCAAGGCAUCGGCCAAAAGCUCUCCAAAUCCACCCACUGGACCCUAAUGAGUUGAGCGCUAAACUGAACGACCUAUCUGUGGACAAUGGCGGCCAGCCAAGUCAGUCAGUUUAUACUGAGGACUCACUUAGGCCCCCACUGUCUGCCCGAAGUAUGGGCGCACCGUCACCCAAAACCAUCCCAAAGAUGCCAAUGUCACCAUCAGUCACAACAACGGUGUCCUCGAGGUCUUUCAAGAAAGAUAAAAUAGAUGACAAGCGCAGCCCUUCAUCACCUUCAAAGCCUCCGCGCCGGGGUAGCAUAUUCGACGCGUUCCGGUUCAGGGGUUCGAACUACACUGAUGAAGUGCAGAAGCAGGAGGAUGAUGUUCAAAAGCCUGCUCGUUAUAGACAUGUUCCUCAAGUUGCGGCACAGCAAUUCGCUCGCACCACAACUGUUGAGCCCUUGACACAGAAGGCCUCGCCCAAGGGGAUGGGACCUGUUCCUGGACCUCACUCUAUGAACAAUGGCACCAUGUCGUUGCAGGAAUACAAUAGACAAUAUCGCCGAGCACAGAGUCUUUGCAGUGGAAGGGCAGCGGGCACCUACAACCUCCCUAAACUAGCAAGCACUGCCGAGAUAGAUGAAGGUUUAGCCCAGCAAAAGAAGCUUCACACUCGCGGAUCAAGGUCUUGGAACGGCGGGGGUGCUGAAUUGUCGCGAAGAAUGAGCACUGGCAACCUGUGGGGGAAGAGUGACCCCCAACCCCCAUCCCCCUCACGAAGAGAUUCGACUAGUGUUGGAGGCUUUCAGGCAAGCAGCAGCUCCUCUGCAAGACGAGGCUCUGCUAGUUCGUCAGGCUUCUCUGAUAUAUCUUCACCGUUUGUACGUGAAUCUGGCCCAAUCACCCCGUUGAAGCAGGAGUCUGGCGGAAACAACUCUCCUCACCGUAGAGGGUCUGAGAACAGUGCUGCCACUUCUGGAUCAAGAAGAGGCAGUUUUGUCAACGUCCCCAACCCUCAACACACUGCCGAAAUUCACCGUGUGGACUGGUCCCAGAGCGAUCAGGCGGUCAAGGCUCGACAAGAUUCUAAGUGGGGAGGUCUCAAACAACGAAAGACCAGUAUAAGCCAGCAAAAGCCAAGCGAUGAGAAAGAGGCCCCUUCUGUUAUCGAGACGGGGUCACAGCCAUCAAUCUCUCCGAAGUCGCCAAAAUCUGGGUUUCUGAAGCGGUUCAUGCAUUAG